UUGAUUGUAUACACCUGUGUCCAUGGAGGGGAUUGGAACACCUGAAUCACAUGAUAUGGAGGGGAUUGGAACACCUGAAUCACAUGAUAUGGAGGGGAUUGGAACACCUGAAUCACAUGAUUGGGAGGGGAUUGGAACACCUGAAUCACAUGAUAUGGGGGGAUUGGAACACCUGAAUCACAUGAUAUGGAGGGGAUUGGAACACCUGAAUCACAUGAUUGGGAGGGGAUUGAAACACCUGAAUCACAUGAUAGGGAGGGGAUUGGAACACCUGAAUCACAUGAUAGGGAGGGGAUUGGAACACCUGAAUCACAUGAUUGGGAGGGGAUUGGAACACCUGAAUCACAUGAUUGGGAGGGCGGGGACAAUACUUUGGGCAAUAUAGUGUAUAUAUAUA